CUGAAAUUUAUCCCCACUACCCGGUAAGUUGCAUUUCUGCACAAGACGGUACAUGAACUCCGUUGGCGCAGCACUCGACUCCCAGCUCGCAAAAUGCCAUCCUCCAAGAGUGGAGCCGUUAAACUCUUCUAUGUCAUUGUCACUAUUACCUGCCUUGCAAGCUUCCUCCUCAUAUCCUCUUCAUCCCGCACAUCCUUGCAAACAUUCCGAUUUUUCCAGCAGUCGCUACCGCCCGUUUCCAAUGACCGCAAGACAGUCGUUGACCGCCUGUACAGAAUGGGGCACUAUAACUGGAUAGACUACUUGGAUACAAUGGAUGAAGAGGGUCUCUCGCCACUGACCAAGGAGGUUCAAAAGUGGAUAUACGAUAAUCAGCACCCCCCAAAAGAAGAAUGUCGCAAGAAAAAGUUUUUGAUAGCGGGUGGGACGGAAAACGUUGGGUUAGGAGCGUAUUUGCAUAAACAAGGAUUCCUUCUGGCAGCUGCGCUAGAAGCUGGGUGGAUUUACGUUCUGGAACCGAUAGGGACUGAGAAUGGAAAAUAUGAGUUUUCCGACAACUGCGGACCACCCAACGGCCCUGUUCAAUCCAAUCUCGAGUGCUUCACCCAACCUUACAGCUCAUGCACGUAUGAAGACGCUCUGCAAGCCGAAACAAAAGUGAGAACCAAUACUUGGGGCACUGUGGAUCUGGACGGUGCAUCGUACGAUAAAGACCUCGUACCAAGCUUGUGGAAGAAAAAUCUACAGGAAAAGUUCCCAAACGCAGAGUUAACUCUAGAGUUUUUCAGGCUUUGGUGGAGGGGACAGAGUUCCGCUUAUUUAUCCCGUCUCAACGCGCAGACAACGGAUGCUUUGCUUUCCCUGCGUCUCAAAGAGUCUCUGCACAACGCAUAUUCAGCUAACUCUAAUAACGUAUCCAAACCUGCUCCGUACCCUCUACCCGAAGGUACAUUCAAUCUCCACGUUCGUCACGGAGAUAAAGGAUCGGAGAUGACAUUGAUCCCGUUCAGCACUUACAUUGAAACGGUUCAGAAAUAUGCGGCAGAGAAUCCUAUGGGUGUUUAUAAACGCCUCUUUGUCUCGUCGGAAGAUCCAGAGGUGAUUCAUUCCGCAAAUUUGCUCCCGAUUUCGGAUAGGGACGAUGGUACUACGAGCUCGAGAACAUGGGAAAUUUUCACGUCCGACAUCCCCCGAUACAAUAAAGGACCUAUGGACCAGCUCUCUCUAUUUGGCCGGUCAACCAUGACUCUCUCUUGGUAUUUGCAGUUAUGGAUGGGGUUGGAAUGUGAUGGGUGGGUAGGGACCAGGGCGUCAAACUGGAAUAGGAUUAUAGACGAGUUCAGAUGUAUCUUUGUAGCCAAGUGCCGUUUGCCAUAUUUUGAAGUAGGGUUGAAGAAUGAUUGGAAGGGAUAUUUCUGGUGAGGGUUUAAACUAUUUAUCGUAAUUUCAUAAUGAGGCAAAUUAUUAUAUAUCGUGUACGGUUGGAGCUAUAGACAAUUCAUUAUUAAGAGAAACUACUUCUAAAUCUACAUA